UCCCUGGGUGGGUAAAGAGGUGGGUGGGAUCUUGCUCAUAGAAAAGUGGAAGCAAGGCGUCUAUGCUAGUGCAGCCGCUGCCGCCGAGGAGCUCAGGGUUGGUUCCUGUCCCUUCAAGGGUGCUGGAGACCAAACUUGAAAUGCAAGUUUAAGGUUCCCUAGAGGGCGAAAGAUAAGGAGCUGGGCUCCCUCCCCUCCCCCCCGCCCCCCGGCCAAGCCUGCAGCAGGAGCGACCAACGCCGACCCUGGUUAAAAGCCCCAGGGAGUCUUUUCUGCUCCCACCUCCGCUUCUGCCCCGACGUUCCACUCAGGCUCUCCCUCAAGGCGGGAGUCGCGGCGGUCCCCGCUGGUCGGGGGGGCUGGAUGUACGCCCCUGCCAGUUCACGCGAAUUUAUGGGCGGCCGCUGAGCCUCGUGCUUGUGUUCGCCUCCUGCAACCGCAAGUCAGAGGGCAGCGGAGGGGCUGCCACCAUGAUCGCCGGCGUCUUCAGCAUGCGCGUGUGGGCCCCGGUGGGCGUCCUGACCUCGCUGGCGUACUGCCUCCACCAGCGGCGGGGGGCCCUGGCCGAGCUGCAGGGGGCAGACGGCCAGCAACCCGUCGACCGCAACCUGCUGGAGUUGAAAAUGGUGCAGGUCGUGUUUCGACACGGGGCGCGGAGUCCUCUCAAGCCGCUCCCGCUGGAGGAGCAGGUAGAAUGGAACCCUCAGCUAUUAGAGGUCCCACCCCAAACUCAGUUUGAAUACACUGUCACCAAUCUAGCUGGUGGCCCGAAGCCAUAUUCUCCUUACGACUCUCAAUACCAGGAGACCACCCUGAAGGGAGGCAUAUUUGCUGGGCAGCUGACCAAGGUGGGCAUGCAGCAGAUGUUUGCCCUAGGAGAGAGGCUAAGGAAGAAUUAUGUGGAAGACAUCCCUUUUCUUUCACCAACCUUCAACCCACAGGAGGUCUUUGUUCGUUCCACUAACAUGUAUCGGAAUCUGGAGUCUACCCGUUGUUUGCUGGCUGGACUUUUCCAGCGUCAGAAAGAAGGACCCAUCGUCAUCCACACUGAUGAGGCAAGCUCUGAAGUCUUGUAUCCCAACUACCAAAACUGCUGGAGCCUGAGGCAGAGAACCAGAGGCCGGAGGCAGGCUGCCUCUUUGCAACCAGGAAUCUCAGAGGAUUUGAAAAAGGUGAAGGAAGGGAUGGGCAUCAACAGCAAUGAUGGAGUGGACUUCCUCAUCCUCCUGGACAACAUGGCUGCUGAGCAGGUACACAGCCUCCCAAGCUGCCCUGCACUGAAGAGAUUUACACGGAUGAUUGAACAGAGAGCUGUGGACACAGCCCUGUAUGUACUGCAAAAGGAAGAUAGGGAAAGUCUUCAGAUGGCAGUAGGCCCAUUCCUCCACAUCCUGGAGAGCAACUUGCUAAGAGCCGUGGAUCCUGCCACUCCACCUGAUAAGAUCAGAAAACUGUACCUCUAUGCGGCUCAUGAUGUGACCCUCAUGCCUCUUUUACUGGCCCUGGGGAUUUUUGAUCACAAAUGGCCCCCCUUUGCUGCUGACCUGACCAUGGAACUCUACCAGCACCAGAAAUCUAAGGAGUGGUUUGUGCAGCUCUAUUACCACGGGGAGGAGCAGGUGCCAAGAGGCUGCCCUGGUGGGCUCUGUCCACUGGAUGAGUUCUUGAAUGCCAUGUCAGCUUACACCUUAAGCCCAGAAAAAUACCACACACUCUGCUCCCAAGCUCAGGUGAUGGAACUUGGAAAUGGAGAGUGACAGUUUAUACAAGCAGGAUGUGUUAAUUUUUUAAAUAAAAUGACUUUGUACAAUACC